AUUUCUAUGACUAAGUAUCACUUGCAGACUAUAAUAUGUGAAUGAGAUGCUGUAGCAAUCAGACUCAGACUUAAUAUUUUCUGUGAUCCCCACCAAAUCCAAUUGUUCGAUCCACAUUACCAUAACAUACGUAAUUUCACCGAGCACAACCAAAAAUUACGCAUAUUAUGCAAUUGCCGUAACAGAAUUAGAGAUUGUUCUCAAAGAUAGUUCGCAAAUUAUCCUACCGGCGAAUUUUCACCUAUUGUCUGUGUGAGAAGUUGGCGUAACAACCAAAACAAUGGCAAAGUUCACCGGAACAGAACAUGGAAAGUCUAUAUAACCAACUGGGACCUGAUAUUGUUUUUAAACUUACAAUUGAAGCAACCAGGAUAGUUGUGCCAGUAAAAACUAUAGCAUGUCCAAAUAAAGUAUUCAAAUUCAAAAUGGGUGUAAUGAAAAAUUUUAUAAGUGUGAUUUUGCUAAUACUUGUGGUUGAAGUGAUUCCUAUAGAAAUUGAACUGCAAGAAGGUGAAGAGAUUAAAGGCAAUCGUGUUGAUGAUAGUCAGUUGAAUGAAUGUAUAAGUGUCAGAAGAAAUACAGAAGUUGGAGUGUGUUUUGGUAAAGAGUUGUUGAACAAAUUGAAUAAGUAUGAAGAAGCUGAUGCCUUUAGUUUGGCUACAGGAGUGUCUUUUGUGAGAGAUGAGAAGACUCCUAGGGAUAUCGGUGCUUUUCUUGAUAAGGAUCCUAUGGAUUUCCGUUCAAUACUUGAAGAUGCAGGCAACUUGAUUUCUAAAAGAUCUCUCCAUUGGGAUCUCAGUGCAGUCUACCCUGGUCUGGUCAUGCGGAUUGGACCAACAUUGGCUAAUGGAGUACUGGAAUUUGUAAUGGAUCCUAGAAUUAAAGACAGGUCCUCUUAUCAUCAGUCUUCAGAAGUGUCUACAGGUCGUCUCUUAGCAAGAAACCUUUUGGUACCAUUCCUGCUGGGUUUCAAAUUCCAACUUUCAACUUUGCUGCCUUUACUAUUAGGCCUAUUAUUGAUUGCCAGUAAGAAGGCUUUCCUGCUAGCAAAGUUAGCUCUACUGGCUGUUACAGUAUUUAGCAGUGGAUUUGGAAGUCAAGGAGGUUCAUAUGGUGGUUUCGGUGGACCUACCCUCUCGUCUUAUGCUUAUGAGAAUCCUGGACAUUACCAUGAUCACGAUCAUCAUACUUCCUCAGGUUACUACCGUCGUCAACCCCACCCCGACUACUACUACAGAGAGAAAUCAGCAGAACCGUCCACAGCAUCACCAAUAACUCCUGAAGAAUUGAGGAAUAAACUAGAGAGACUGUUCAUCACUAAGAAGGAUCCUAUCAAUGAUAGAGAUGAGAGAGAAGAAGUUAGCGGUAGAAACAGGAAUUUUGCUUGGACACCUAUUGGUACUGGGUAGAUGGAUAUUUAGGAUUCCUUAGUGCUUAUUGUAGUUAGAAAUUUAGUUAUGUAGUAAGCUUGUCAUUUGUAAACAUAUAAUUUUUCCUAGGUUGCAAUGCUUGUAGAUAUUCCUUAGUUUAAAUGUAUCUUAUUCUACUUACAUAAUCACUAUUCCUCCUUUAAUGUUUGCUUUUAAUUGAAAAGUUAUCAUUAUUAAAUCA